CUGAACUCGGAGUAACACGUCAUUUUAGUCAAGCGCAAGAGCCGGCCGGCAGGGAGCGAUCCCCUCACUGUCCUGAACAUCCGUCUGCUUUUAUUUCCAAAUGCUGUAACUUCUUUUGAACACAGCCGAUUGUUUUUGCUCUAAACUCGAGGCCAACCUGAUAUCCAAGCUCAGUGAUGACGUCCUACCAAGAGUUCAUCCAACAGAACGAGGACAGAGAUGGGGUGAGAUUCAGCUGGAACCUCUGGCCCUCCAGCCGCCUGGAAGCCACCAGGCUAGUGGUCCCAGUCUCCUGUCUCUUCACACCACUCAAGGAGAGGCCUGACCUUCCACCGGUCCAGUACGAACCAGUUCUGUGCAGCCGGGCCAACUGUAAGGCAGUGCUCAACCCACUAUGUCAAGUUGACUUUAGAGCAAAAAUAUGGGCGUGCAACUUCUGCUUUCAAAGAAACCCAUUCCCUCCCUCGUAUGCAGGCAUAUCUGAUGUGAACCAGCCAGCGGAACUCAUGCCACAGUUUUCUACCAUUGAGUACAUAGUACAGCGUGGACCCACAGCCCCUCUGAUCUUCCUUUACGUUGUGGACACAUGUUUGGAAGAAGAGGACCUCCAGGCCCUGAAGGAGUCCCUUCAGAUGUCACUCAGUCUGCUGCCACCCAACGCCCUGGUAGGCCUCAUCACAUUCGGACGCAUGGUUCAGGUUCAUGAGCUCAGCUGUGAGGGGAUCGCCAAGAGCUACGUGUUCAGGGGCACCAAAGACCUCUCCUCCAAACAAAUCCAGGAGAUGCUGGGUUUAAUAAAGCCAGCAGCAUCAGUACAACAAGGUCGCCCUCCGGCACCUCAGGAUCCGGCAGCUACUUGCAGGUUCCUUCAGCCCGUGCACAGAGUCGAUAUGAAUUUGACUGACUUGCUCGGUGAGCUUCAGAGAGACCCGUGGCCUGUCCCUCAGGGCAAACGGCCGCUCCGCUCAACCGGUGUGGCACUGACUGUUGCUGUCGGCCUGCUGGAGGGUACAUUCCCUAACACAGGGGCUCGUGUGAUGCUGUUCAUCGGAGGGCCUCCCACCCAAGGCCCAGGCAUGGUGGUGGGAGACGAGCUGAAAACCCCCAUCCGUUCCUGGCAUGACAUCCAGAAAGACAACGCUCGCCAUUUGAAGAAAGCCACCAAGUACUAUGAAGCCAUGGCCAACCGCUCAUCAGUAAAUGGCCACUGUAUUGAUAUCUACGCCUGUGCCCUGGACCAGACGGGACUGCUGGAGAUGAAGUGCUUAUCUAAUAUUACCGGGGGGCACAUUGUUAUGGGAGACUCCUUCAACACCUCCCUGUUCAAGCAGACCUUCCAGAGAGUCUUCAGCAAAGACUACAAUGGAGAUUUCCGCAUGGCCUUCGGUGGUGUCCUGGAAGUGAAGACAUCAAGGGAAGUGAAGGUUUGCGGGACCAUUGGACCAUGUGUUUCACUCAACUCUAAGGGCUCUUGUGUUUCAGAGAAUGAGAUGGGUAUCGGUGGCACGAGCCAGUGGAAAGUGUGCGGUCUCAACCCCUCCACCACUUUGGGCAUUUAUUUUGAAGUGGUGAAUCAGCACAACGCACCAAUCCCCCAAGGUGGCCGUGGGGCGAUCCAGUUUGUAACCCAGUACCAGCACUCCAACAUGCAGAGGAGGAUACGGGUCUCUACCAUCGCAAGGAACUGGGCAGAUGCACAGUCCCAAAUUCAGCACAUCGAGUCUUCGUUCGACCAGGAAGCGGCCGCCGUGCUCAUGGCUCGCCUGGGAGUCUUCAGGGCGGAGUCAGAGGAGGGACCAGAUGUCCUGCGUUGGCUUGACAGGCAGCUCAUCCGCCUGUGUCAAAAGUUUGGCCAGUUCAACAAAGAUGAUCCUACAUCCUUCAAACUGUCAGAGUCUCUGUCCCUCUACCCACAGUUCAUGUUCCACCUGCGGCGGUCGCCCUUCCUGCAGGUUUUCAACAACAGCCCCGAUGAGUCGUCCUAUUACAGGCACCACUUUGUCAGGCAGGACCUGACCCAGUCGCUGAUCAUGAUCCAGCCAAUCCUCUACUCAUACUCCUUCCAUGGACCACCAGAGCCCGUCCUCCUGGACAGCAGCAGUAUCCUGCCAGAUCGAAUCCUGCUCAUGGACAGUUUCUUCCAGCUGGUUAUUUACCAUGGAGAGACCAUAGCCCAGUGGCGUAAGGCCGGCUACCAGGAAAUGGCAGAGUAUGAGAAUUUCAAACAGCUGUUGCUGGCUCCACUGGAUGAUGCCCAGGAGAUCCUGCAGACGCGCUUCCCCAUGCCGCGCUACGUCGACACAGAGCACGGAGGCUCGCAGGCUCGUUUCCUGCUCUCUAAGGUCAACCCAUCACAGACCCAUAACAACCUCUACGCCUGGGGACAGGAGACGGGCGCCCCGAUCCUCACUGAUGACGUCAGCCUGCAGGUCUUCAUGGACCACUUGAAGAAACUGGCAGUUUCCAGCUCUACGUAGACGUCUCUAUUCCACCACAAAGUGAUCAGACGUUCACGUUAUGACAUCGGGAUACAUCAACAUUUAGUUCUCCUGUUUUUGUAAAGGAACCAGCCCCAGAGAGGCCACUGUAUGUGCUUGCUUGAUUGUGUCCUUUCUGGAGCCAUGUGUGACAUAUCCAUGAAACAAAAUGAACGAUAUGAAUAAUGAAAGGGGGGCAAAUAGCACAUUCCUAAUAUGAAAAAGAAGUAACAUUUCUACUCAUUAACUUGUUAUUUAUGAGAAAUGCUCCAGUUCUCAAGACGGUCCUCAUGUAAGCAAUAUUAAACCCUCUUUCUCUUUUAUAUUACCUCUGACAUACAGAACGAUUAGGGUAAUAAUAAUUUCUUUUGUUUUAUUUUUGUUUGUAUGUCUUACAAAUAUGUCAAAACUGGUGAAAGGUGCUGUUAAAUAGGAUGCUUGUAUGUGUUUGCUUUGUCUAUAGUUAAAGAUGCGUCGGAUAUUCUCAUUAAUAAAUUAUGAUGCUACCUUCUAAUGCUGAGGAAAUGUUCACAGGGCUCAUCGGUCUUCACGCCGAUGGCUUUUUAAUCACAGUUUAUUUGACAUAUAGAUUUAAAAUCCUACAUGGAUUAUACCUGUGUUUUCCAAGAAAAUUCCCUCCGAGUAGUGAUUAAUGUUCGGAGGAUUUGAAGUCAAAUAACAUCAACUCAACUGACUCUGUCUUCAAUGAUGAACAUUGAGAUUUAUUUUUAACUUUAAGGCACUCUCUCAUCAACAUCUGGAUGAUUGCCUAAGUGUCUUUGUAAUCAAACUUCACUAAACUGUAAGUCUGUAAAUGUGAGCCGCUGUCUGAUUUCCACCCUGUCUGGAUUCCUCCUGCUAUCCAUAUAAAGCCCUGUCGGCAGGAAA